UCUUCUUUCACCCUUCGCCGGCCUCCCACUCCUGCGACCUUUUUCGUUCGGUCAACGUCCGAUGUGCUUCUGCGAAGAGGUCUGAAGUUCUACCGAGUACUGAACCCAUACCGUUCACCCCCACUCUCUUUGCUGCACGAGAUCUCCUCUCGCGUCUCCUUUCCUUGCGCCGCGCGAUCGCCCGCCGAACGAAAUCGUGGGGUUCGAGACCAGUUGAACCAGGGCAACACACCAGGGGCCCAUCCAAAAAUCCGGAGAACGUCGAGAGAGGGUUACCCGUUGGGCCAUUUUCUCAUCGAAAGGGAGGCCCUGGCCACGCAGCCGUCUUUUACCCCGUGGGAUAGGAUCGAGUUUACCCCCUCACCCACACCCCGCGUUUUCUUGUCUUGGAGCAAACGACGACGGUUUUCCGUCACACGGGAACGAGCUUCGAGGGCGCAAAGUGUCUACGAAAGGAGCGAACCCGAGAAAACACAUAAGUGAGGCGAGGGAUCGGAGGGGGAAGUGGUGCGAGCUCGUCCCGUCUGAGAUUGCGUGUCGGAAAAUAGGGGGCAAAAAAUUACGACUGGAACGAAAGAGACUGAAAAUUCUUCUUUUUUUUGCAUUUCAAAACCGCAUACACUCUUUUCUUGGUUUGCGCCUGCAACCAAAACCUCUCGUUCCAAAUCCGUCCCCAAACCCCUUUCGAUAUCGACGCAAAGAAAGGGCGUCGCAGGGGGUCUUUAAAGAUGGUCCAAUUCAACACGUAUUAUCUCCUUACCAUCAUCGUUAUCUCGUGCGGGUCUAUUCCCAAGGGCUACGAUGAAGGCGGGUUCAGCGCGUCAACGGGCCUGGCGUCCUUCAAGGAGGAUUUCGGCCUCGUCUCGAGCCUCUGGAAGGGCAACGAGUCCGGUUUGGCUGACCGCAAGGCCAACAUCUCGUCCUUUGGUGUCCUAGGCGCCGCCUUCGGUUCCAUCAUUGCGCUCGCCGUAAAUGACCGCCUCGGACGACUGAGGGCAUGGCAGCUCUUCAUCGCCGUCUGGAUGACGGGCUGCCUGAUGCAGGUCUUCUCGUCCGGCAUCCUGGGGUUGAUGCUAUUCGCCCGGAUAUGGGGCGGACUCGGCGCCGGAGGACUUACGGUCGUUGCGCCGCUAUACCUCUCCGAGAUUGCGCCCGCGAGGUCGCGCGGUAUGGUCGUCAGUAUAUACAUGGUCGUGUUACUGUCAUUCCUCACCAUUGGCUUCUUCAUCAACUACGCAGCGAACGCGACCCUAGCUGCGACGAGGCUGCAGUACCGCCUCGUCAUCGCCAUCCCCCUCAUCCCCGUAGGCUUGGCCUUCAUCGCCUCCUUCUUCCUCGACGACACCCCGCGCUGGCUCGCCUCCCGAGACCGCGGCGACGAAGCGCUCGCCGUGCUCGCGAAGCUCCGGCACGCCGACCCGAGCGACCAAGCCCUCGCCCACGAAUACGACGAGAUCCACGAACAGAUUCGCACACGGCAGCAGAUUCUCGCCGACUCCUCCACCUGGGCCAUCAUCAAGGACAUUGCCACGAUCCCCACCUACCGCACGCGCUUCCUCCUCGGCGCCGUCAUGCAGACUGUCGCGCAAUGGUCCGGCGGAAAUGGCAUCACGUACUACAUCCCCGAGAUCUUCCGGUACGCCGGUGUUGUUGGAGAUAACACCUCUCUCAUCACUAGUGGCGCAUACGGCGCUGUCAAGCUUGUGUUCACAAUGGUCUUCACGUGGGGUCUCGUUGACGUCUUCGGUCGUCGCCGGUGUUUCAUUACGGGUUUGUUCCUGCAGUGCAUCACGCACGUAUACAUGGCCAUCUACAUGGCCAUCUGGAUCGACGGCACGAACAAGCCGGCCUCCGACGCCGCCAUCGCCUCCGUCUUUGUCUACGCUGUCGGCUGGUCCAUCGGCUUGUGCACGGUACAAUACCUAUACGGUACAGAAAUCUACCCGACCCGCAUCCGCAGCGUCUGCUAUGCCAGUAACAUGGCCCUGCACUGGUUCUUCCAGUUCGCCGUGGUGCGCGUCACGCCCAACAUGUUCGUCAGCCUCGAUGUAUGGGGCGCGUACGUCUUCUGGGCGGUCGUCUGUGGCGUCGGUCUUGUGGUCCUCGGCCUGUGGGCGCCGGAGACGAAGGGCAUCCCCAUGGAGAGGAUGGAAGAGCUGUUCAGCGGUCGGUGGUGGAUGGGAUGGAGGGCGAGUGUGGAUUUGGAUUCGAGCGAGACGAAGCCUUUCGGCAGAGGGGACUCAUCGGGCAAGGAAUCAAAAGAAGCCCCUUUUGCGCAUGACCGGAAGACGGACGUCUGAGUUGGGGCCGGGAUGCUUUCUGAGUUCAUAUUUAUGAGUCUGUAUGUUUCUUUUAAUGAUCACCAGAUACCAAUUGUACAA